AUGAUAAAAUCAAAACACGAUAGUGGGCACACUUCUGCAGGGGACGAGUGGAACAACGAUCAAGGGAGUUCUCCCGAAUCCACAAAAUUCAUUCAACUCACUCCUCAGGACCCCAAGUUUCACGAAUUAAAACUCAAAUUAAUCCAUUUAUUUAAUUUUACUGAAGAUGAUAUUCAUACCAUUGAGAUUUCUCAUCAAUCGGAUCAUGUCAAAAUGAGUUUACAUCCCCGUAAGCAUAUUGAUAAAACUCUCCUCUUCGAACAACGUCCACAAGUUAUUUUCUCUCGUUCCGAAACAGUCAUCCCACGUAACCACAAAAUAAUUUCGUAUUAUGAUGGAUUUGAAAUUGUGAGACGUGAAUCACGUUUUGGAAAAACAACAGUCAUGCCAAGUGCUCAAAUUGCACUCAUUGAUUUUACCUUUCCAGACAUGAAUGAUGUCACAGAAAUUACUGGCUUGACCAAUUACUCUGAAAUUGAUCGAGUUUUGCGUGAAAAGAGACGUGAGACUUUAGAACUUUGCAAAGCCUUAAAAGCUCUAGGUUGUAAUGUUAUUAUAUCACAACACUCACUUUACAAACAUGAAUUGGUUCAACGUUGUUUGGAUAAACUUGGAAUUUUGCUUGUCGAAGGACCAUUCAUGAAUCAAGACAUGAAACAAAUGUCUAUCGCACUAAAUUGUCAAAUUAUUUCGAGCAUUGCAUCCGUCAGAAAUUAUUUGUUUGGUAGUGCAGAAAGAGUUGAAAUUGUGACAAAAGACAAUGACAAGAUUUGUGUAAAAGUUUCUAACAUUCCAUGUAUAUAUGAUUGCUAUCGACAUGUAGGAUUGAUAUUUAGAGGAGAACCGCAAGAGGGAAGUAAUGAUUAUUGUCCUUUGGAAAUUACUUGUUUGGUAGCGUCUUAUUUAACUCUUAAAGAAUUGCAUCAUGUGGCAAUUAGUUGUAAAUUCAUGUACAGAUCUCUGCUCGAUGUUGUACAUUUUAAGAAUGAUUCUGAAGCACCAAAUAUUUCAGAAAUCCUUGAACGUGAAAAACUGGAUGUUGGUUCUUAA